CGGAGAUUGCUUCAGGAAUUUCUCCAAGCAUUUCUCUGGGGAUUCCUCCAGGAAUUCCUCCGGAGAUUCCUCCAGGAAUUCUUCCGAGGAGUCCUCCAGGAAUUCUUCCGGGGAUUCCUCCAGGGAUUUAUCCGUAGAUUCAUCCAGAAAUUCCUCCGGGGAUUUUUCCAAGAAUUUCUCUAGGGAUUGCUGCAGGGAUUCUUCCGGGAACUCCUGCAGAAAUUCCUCUGAAGAUUUCUCCGGAAAUUCCUCUGGCGAUUCCUCCGGGGAUUGCUGCAGGAAUUCCUCCGGAGAUUCCUUCAGGAAUUCCUCGUAGGAUUUCUCCAAGAAUUUCUCCAGCAAAUCUUCCGGAAUUCCCGGAGAUUCUCCGAAAGUAACUCCGGGGAUUCCUUAUUUUUAAUGGAAAUACUGGGGACAUUCCGAAAGAAAUUUCUGGCGAUUUUGUGAGCAAAUUUCUGGUCAUGGCAAUAAAAUUGUUUAUCAUCAUUAUGAAACAUAAUGUUAACCCGCUGUUUCAUCAUACCCCACCCGUUACAACUUGCCCCGGUAUACUAUAGUUUUUUGAACCAUAUUACUCAAAACUGGCAAUCGUUUUUGCCAACUUUAUAUUUUUCCGUGCUAUGUAUUAAGGUCCAAAGUAAUCUGUGAAAGUUUCAUGAUGAUUGCAGUAUUUUCUAAUUUAUGCUGUUUUUUAAUAUACAUAAUAUACACAAAUACCUUUAACACUUCCAGGUGUUAUGGAUGUGUCCGCAUUAACCUCAUCUGAUUCCGAGUCGGAGGAAGAGUUUUUCGCCCUUCUGGACGCUGCGUGUUACAUUCCGGCUGUACCGAAGAAGAGGAUCGUUCGCGACAGAGUCGAUUUUUUUACAAAAUAUGACGAUUAUGAAUUUGAACGAAGGUUUAGGUUGACGAAGGAGAUGGCACGCCAAGUGGCCGAUCUCCUUCGGGAUAAAUUAAGUCAUGAUUCAGAUAGAAAUGACCCAGUAUCAGUGGAAACACAAGUAUUAAUUACCAUGCGAUACUUCGGAAGCGCUAGCUUCGAAGAAGUUAUCGCAGAUUUACAAGGCAUACACCAAACAACAGCCGGCCGCAUAGUGAAGCGAGUAUCUCACGCAAUCGCCGCUCUCGCCGACCAGGUCAUCACUAUGCCAGCGGAACAAGAAAUUCAAGGCAUCAACCAACAGUUUUUCCAAAUGGGAAAAAUUCCACGAGUGAUUGGUGUCAUUGAUGGCUGUCACGUCCCUAUUAUAUCUCCUGGAGGAGAUAAUGCGGAAGCUUUCCGUAAUCGGAAAGGAUGGUUUUCGAUUAAUGUGAUGGCGGUUUGUGAUGCUGAAAUGAGAUUCAGGAACAUUGUUGCAAGGUAAAACGUGUGCAAUAUAAUUUAUGUUAAAUGAGAGGUCCUUCUGCGUAGCUGAUUUCUUUUGGCUUAAAUAUAAAUGACUCAUAAUAAAAUGAUCAUUUUCCAUAACAAAAUCAGAAAUAUUCAAUAAAGAAGUAGGGGUAGGAGCAAUAAUAAACUAUGAAAGCUCCAUAAACAUAUCAAAAAGAACAUAAAUGAAUCAAAAUUUCUGAAUUCAACGAUUGCCUGUUGAACUACACCCAUAGUUUUUUGCCGUCUUUUCAGUCUUUCUAUCAUAGUUCUAUGAUGUAGUAUGUUUGAAAUCAUUUGUUGGGAAAAAUAGUUUUUUUUAUUGCUCUUGUUGAUUUAUUUGUGGAAAUUCUGACCUUUUUUAUUGCUAAAACAUCAAUUAAUUAUGAGAAAUUUUAAUUUAUUUAUGCACUUUUUGAUUUGUUUAUGGAAUUUCUAUAGUUUAUUAUUGCUUUCACCCCUGUUUAUUUAUUGGCAAUUUUUAAAUUACCGUCAUGCGGGGCUUCUUUAUACACUUUUUAAAGGUUUUUCAACUUUAUGACAUUAUAACUCCCAGAGUAGUGAAUGUAUUUCCACAAUUUUUACACAUAAUAAUUGUGAGUAUGUAUGUAGGAUGCAUGCAAAAUUUGAACUAAAUCCAUCAAUAAACAAAAUCGCUCCAAAUGCCCCCUAAAACCUCCUAAUCUCCAUAGAACACCCGGAUACCCACCUUAAGGCGAAACUGGAAGCAUUUCCUCACUUUUUGGUUUUUGAUUUUUUAUUAAAUAACGAAGCAAUAUUUUCAAAAUCGGUUUUCGUAUGUAGAGUAUGGAUCAAGUUAUUUUUUUUUGUAGGGGAAAAUGUUUUUCGUUUUUGCAGAAACCAUUUUUGAACAAAAUCUAUAUAUAUACUAGCUGUCCCCGGCAAACUCUGUCUUGCCUACUGCGUUUUUUGACGUUUCAAGUCCCUAGCCAAGCGCCCAAGUCCCCGUUCAAAAUGUAAGAAAACCCGAUUUUCAAAAACUCUCAAUAUUCCCAUGUUUUAGGCCUCAUAAACCUUCCUUGGGUGAAAACUAACAGAACAAAACUUAGACGACCCAAAUCGGACCAUCUGAUUUCAGUUUCCCAUACAAUUUAUUAUUUUAAAAUGUUUUCGUAUUUAUUCAAAACAAGUUUGCAGCACAUUGUUGAUUGUUUUCUUUUCAAAGAACAACAAAAAAUCAUAAAACUACGAUUUUUUCAAGAAGAAUAUUCUAUUUUAAUAUAAUUUCAAAUUGAUCUCCAAAUCCCAAAAACAUUUUAUGAUUUUAAAAUAUUUGUGUAUUUAUUCAAAACAAGUUAGCAGAGCAUUGUUGAAAUUUUUUCUCCAAAAAUGCCACAAAAGUUCAUCUUAUUAGACGCAGUGGCGUAAUUUCCC